AAAUAAGAAUAUAACAAAAAGUAAAAUUAUGAGUGGCUAGAUGACGUGUCACACUUUGAUUCGGCAAACAUCAUAUUUGUGAAUUGUUCUCUCUCUCUCACACACACAUUCAAACACUAUCUCACACUCCUCUCUUUGAGUCGGUCGUCGGAUUUCGGAUCUGUGAUACUAAGGUGAGUUUUUUAGUUUUCGAGGAAUGGGUAAUUGACUGUUGAUUGAUUCCUGGAUUUCUGAUUUUCUGGGGUUCGACCAAUUUCUAGGUUUUGAAUCCCCAGAUUGAAAUUUUGGGGGCAAUUUGGGAAUUUGGGCAUUUCUUCCUUUGUGUUGUUUGUGUAUUCUGAGUAGGUGUUUAUUGAGUGAGAAUUCGAAAAAAUAAAAUCGAAAAAGUUAUGGAAGGCAACAAAGAUGAGGCUUUGAGAUGUAUCAAUAUUGCCAAAGAGGCGAUUACGUCUGGCAAUAAACAAAGAGCCCUCAAGUUUCUCGGAAUUGCCCGCCGUCUCAAUCAGGAUUUGCCCAUGGACGAUCUUCUGGCUGCAUGUGAGAAUCUCGAUUCAUCUUCUUCUGCCGCGGGUCCGUCGAAUGACGUGAAGAAUGUUGCCAACGGUAAAGCUGAUGAAGCUUCGGUCAACGGUGAUGGGGUUUCGAACGGGGAGAGGAGUUACACGGAGGAGCACGUGCACUUGGUGAGGCAGAUCAAGACGAAGAAGGACUAUUACGCGAUUCUCGGCGUGGAGAAAAAAUGCACCGUGGAGGAGAUUCGGAAGGCGUAUAGGAAGCUGUCGCUGAAAGUCCAUCCGGAUAAGAACAAGGCACCCGGUUCUGAAGAUGCGUUCAAGAAAGUUAGCAAGGCGUUUAAGUGCUUGAGCGAUGAUGAAUCGAGGAGGCAGUAUGACCAUACAGGUUUAGUCGAUGAGUUCGAGUAUAACCAGCAGCAUCAAGUGAGGAGAAGAACAAGGAGAACCGGGAACGACUUCUUCGAUGACGAUUUCGACCCUGACGAGAUUUUUAGAGCCUUUUUUGGUCAGCGUGACGUGUUUAGGCAUGCACACGUUUACAGGACUCGAACACACAACAAUACUGGUGCUGCACAUCAGAGGGAAGAUAUAGGUGGCGGGGGGCCGAAUAUCAUGCUUCUUCUUCAGUUGCUGCCGUUUUUGAUAAUCAUUUUGCUGGCUUAUCUUCCGUUUUCGGAGCCUGAGUAUUCGUUGCAGAAGAACUAUUCGUAUCAGUAUAAGAAAAUGACAGAGAAACACGGGGUUGAGUUUUUCGUCAAGUCGCCUCAAUUUGACGAGAACUAUCCAAUUGGAAGCUCCGCUAGAAACGACGUUGAAAAUAACGUGAUCAAGGAUUACAAACAUAUGCUUGGACGCUAUUGUCACAUCGAAAUGCAGAGGCGUCAGUGGAAUCGGCACUUUCCGACUCCUCACUGUGACAAGCUCGAAAGUUUCGCGGCAUGAAGAUUUUACGAGCGGAUGACCUCCCAUAUCUAUCUAUCACAUAAGUAAAAUUUUCAAGGAGACGAGAAGAAUUCGACUGAACUUUUGAUUCGGAUUCAACUUUCAAGCCAUCCAAUUCUAGGAGGUUCUUUUUCUUUUUCUUUUUGUGCAUCAGAAGACUAUGCGGCAGUUAUUAUUUGGUUCCUGUAUAUUAUUAUAUUGCAGUUAUCCACAACCGCCAUACGCUGAAUCUUAGCAUCGUAGGUAGAAAUCGAUAUUACUUGACAACAGCCGAGAUUUCACCCUAUAAUAAUGUCAGUUUUUGAAAUUUUUGUUUUUUUUUCAAAUGUUGCUGCUGCUAAAAUUGUUUAGAAUGUCUGAUGAAUUUUCGACUCGUGACUUAUGUUCAUUACCUUCUCACAUGACUGUUUGAUGUUGUGAGAAUGGGAUCGGAUACAUACAUAGGCAUCGUGUUGAUGGUAUAUUGUGCUGAUUAAAUUUUUCGAUAUUUGAAAAGCAUUCGCUUUUCUAUGGUUUUAUUGUUCGAUAAAUACGAGCGUGAUUUUAUGGUCUU